AUGAUCUACCAAAGUCAAAAAAAUUAUACAUUGAAAGAAUUGGAAGAAAAGGUAAAUUUGGAAGAAAAAGCCUUGUCAUUAACUUUUUAAUACAAGAAGAUUUCAAAAUUCCAAGUGAAAUUGAAUAAUAUUAUUGGAUAAGAAUUGAAGAACUUCCCAUAAAUUUUGCAGAUUAUUUAUGAAAUCAUAAUCAAUUCUAUAAAUAUAUAUUUACUUUAUUAAUUAUUAUUAUUUAUUCAAUUAUAAUAGUUUAUUAUUUUUAAUUCAAUUAAAUUGAGUAGAUAUUAAAUUAUAUUGAAUUAAAAUUUUAUAUUAAUUUGAAACUCUAAAUAUAUUCUGAAAGUUCCUUAAAAUAGUCAUCUUUUUUAUUAUAUAAUUCUUCAGCAUCAAGUAAUAUAUUGGUUAAUAAUUUGAAUUACCAUUAAAGUUCUAUGACUAAUUCAUUUAUAAUGAUUAUAUCUAAAAAUUUGAAAUUUAGCAAUAUAUAAAUUUAAAAUCAUAAAAUACUGCCAUAUAAAGCAUGGAAAGAUUAUUGAAUGAUGAACAUGAUUAAGAAAAAUUUAAUCUCUUUAUAAUGUUAAUAUACCAUAUUAAAUAAAUUGGAGGAGUAGCAUUUAUUGAAGCUAGUUCAUUUUCAUGUUAAAACUGCACUUUUUAAGAGAUAUUAUCAUUAGCUAAUUCUAUUUUUGAUAUCGAUAAAUUAAAUGAAAGCAAUUUAAAACUUUUCUGUAAAUUCAACAAGAUACAGUUUUGA